AUGGCCCCAGCCCCGACAUCCGUCCCACUUGUAUCCCAACCCAAUGUCAUCAGUGACCUGAAAACAGCGCUUGCUGUCCAAGGUUCAGCCUCUGAUCAUCCUCGCACUUUGCACCAACUUUUAUCCCAAGCUGCUGAACGUUAUCCUCUUCAGCAACUCGGCUUCAUCUCUUCAUCGGCUCACGACUCGUCUAUCCAGACAAAGUCAUAUAGCACCUUCAACCAACAUGUCCGUAACUUGGCGCGUGCCUUGACAGACUGGAAGAAGCCCGUCGGUUCUAUCGUCGUCGUGUACUUGACAGAGCACGAAGAUAACAUGGCCGCAGUAUGGGCAUGUUUACUUGCCGGUUAUAUCCCCUGCUUGCAGCCUGCGCUCAGUGCUCAGCAGUCUCACAAGGAGGGGCAUAUUAACCACAUCAAGAAUUUAUUUUUAUCUGCGACAUGGCUCACAAACGAAAUAGGUGCUGAACAAGUGAUGUCAGUAGAUGGUAUAGACAUCCACCUCUUCUCAGACCUCAAGUUGGCAGCUGAGGGUUAUAACGUUCCUGCCGACUGGGCUGCCGUCGAAGCGAAGCCCGACGACGAAGCCAUUUUAUUCUUAACAUCUGGAUCCACUGGUUUCUCGAAGGCAGUAGUGCACACUCACCGAACUAUUAUUGCCUCUUGCUAUGCCAAGGGUCAAAGUUAUGGGCUGACUUCGGAGACGAAUGUUCUCAAUUGGGUCGGGUUUGAUCACGUCGCUGGUUCACUCGAGAUGCACAUAACACCUUUACUUUUCGGGUCAUAUCAACUUCACGUACAUGCAUCGACUAUUCUAUCUGAUCCACUCAGUUUCCUUCGUUUGAUUGAUGACAAGUCCAUCAACAUCGCUUUCGCGCCUAACUUCCUGCUCGCAAAACUCGCUCGUGACCUGGAGAAGAGAUCUGAGCUGUAUGGAGCUUUUGACCUGUCUUCAGUGAAACGCAUCAACAGUGGUGGAGAGGCAGUUGUCUCUAAGACUGCGAAAAUAUUCGUUACUGUACUUAAGGCCUUAGCAAAAGACCCCUCGAAGGUCUCUUUUGUGGUCUCUGCUGGCUUCGGGAUGACAGAAACUUGUGCGGGCUGUAUCUAUGAUCCCAUCGAUCUCAGCGUCAUUAACCCCAUGCACGAAUUCCUCGACCUUGGUCGCCCUAUCCAAGGUUGCGAGAUGCGCAUUGUAGACCCUGAGGACGGCAUCACACUUCGUCCCGACGGCGAGAGCGGUGAACUUCAAGUCCGAGGUCCGAUGGUCUUUGCUCGGUACUAUAACAACCCCCAAGCCACGUCAUCCAGUUUCGUGGAAGGGCGGUGGUACCGGACUGGAGAUAUCGGAAUCAUCGAGAAAGGAGUAAUGAGGCUCAGUGGCCGCAUCAAAGAUACCGUCAUCGUUCACGGCGUCUCUUACGGCAUCCCUGAGCUCGAGACCUAUCUGCAGCUCGUCGAGGGUGUUACUCACUCUUUCCUCGCUGCCGCACCAUAUCGCGCUCCCGGUCAAGAGACAGAAGGAUUUGUUGUGUUCUACUCUCCUACUUUCGACCUCAACGAGGAAGAUGCUUCGAAUAAGCUCGCUGCGACGCACCGUGCUCUUCGUGAUAUUUCAGUGAAGAUGAUCACGCUCCCACCUCAGCAAAUCAUCCCUAUCCCCAUCGAUCAGAUGGAGAAGACGACGCUUGGCAAACUUUCAAGGGCACGCCUUCUUACGUUGUUCAAGCAGGGAGAGCUCGCUAAACACAUUGCCCGAGCUGAUGAGUUGCUCAGCGAAGCCCGUGGUGCUACCUUUGUAGUCCCCGCUACGAUCACUGAGACUGCCUUCGCCAAGAUCUUUGCCGGUGUAUUCAACUUGUCUACAGACGAUAUCUCCGCGGCUGAUAACUUUUUCGAGUUGGGUGGUACUUCUAUCGACGUUAUCAGAUUGAAGCGUGAGGGUGAGACCGUUUUCGGACUUCCCGAGAUUCCGAUCAUCCAGAUUCUCAAGCACCCUGUUCUUCGUGACUUGGCCAAAUACAUCGACGCUCUGGUUUCCAAAGACAACACCCAGCAAGAAUAUGAUCCCAUAGUUCCUUUACAGCUUACUGGUAACAAAACGCCCAUCUUCUUCGUACACCCGGGUGUGGGCGAAGUGUUGAUUUUCGUGAACCUCGCCAAAUACUUCCAGAAUGAGCGACCUUUCUACGCAUUCCGUGCUCGUGGAUUUGAGCCUGGCCAGCCUUUCUUUUCCAAGAUGGACGAGAUGGUGUCUAGCUAUGCAGCGGCAAUGAAGAGGACGCAGCCCAAGGGUCCAUAUGCUAUCGCCGGGUACAGUUAUGGUGGUGUUAUCGCCUUUGAGGUAGCGAAGCGUUUGGAAGCUGGUGGUGAUGAAGUGAAAUUCGUCGGACUUAUCAACAUUCCACCUCACAUCGCAGACCGGAUGCACGAAAUCGACUGGACGGGUGGAAUGCUUAACUUGUCAUACUUCUUGGGCCUCGUGUCCAAGCAGGACGCUGAUGACCUCGCUCCUACUCUCAGGCCUUUGACGAGGAAGGAGCAGCUGGACGUUGUGUGGAAGCUCUCUCCUCCUGAGCGAUUAGUCGAGCUCCAGUUGACACCGGAGAAGCUCGACCACUGGGUAGACAUUGCUGGGUCGCUCAUCGAGUGUGGCAAGGACUACAACCCCUCAGGCUCUGUUGCUGUGGCUGAUGUUUUCUACGCCAUCCCGUUGCGCGGAAGUAAAAGUGAUUGGUUGAACAAUCAACUCAAACCCUGGUCAGGUUUCAGUCGUACCGAGCCCGCCUUCACGGAUGUACCUGGACGUCAUUACACACUCAUGGACUUUGACCACGUUCCACAAUUCCAAAAGAUAUUCCGUAGUCGUCUUGAAGCCCGUGGAGUUUAGAGGAUGGAAAUCAAGCCUACAUAUGUACAUGAUCCUGUCUUUUGUACAAUUCCCAAGUGUUUCAUGUCUCAUCACUGCUAUCUAGAUUAAUACGAGACUGUUCUGUUAGACUAUAUUUACUAUGUAUCUUUUGCCAAUGUCAUAUCUAUUCUGGAAUGCCCC